GCUUGUAACUGCAACUACGGUUCAUGGAAAAGCGCGCGCAAAAGGAUUACAUCAUUGUUUGCAACUUGGAGGGUCUUUAAAAAAUUCUCACACAUACUGUUUUCAUAAUUUUUUCUUGGCUGACGAUGGUUCAUACCAGGAAACGAAAGUACCAAGAGGAACAAUUGCCUGAAAAGAGGAAAUUGAAUCAUACUUCAGUUCAGAUAGCUAGUUCAAAUAGUAUUAACAAAAAGUUUGCUUGCAUUAGAUCAAAUCAAACACUAACUAAAUCAAAUUCACCCAACGUUCAAAUAAAAUCAAAGUCUAGAAAGCGAAGUAGUAUAAAAGAGUAUAAAAAGAAAAAUGGGAAAAUUAUUAAAGUUGAAAUAAGAGAGGACACCAAAUGUGAUGAAAAUUCCAAUGAUAGUGGUAUUUUUUCAAAUAAUUCAGUUGAUCUGAGUUAUGAUAAUACAACUUUAUCCAGUAAUUCAUUGUGUGAUGAAUACGAAAGUGAGAAAUCAAUUACUACCAAGCAUUGUGAAGUGAAAAAUGAUUGCUGUGAAAAUAAUUUAAAAACCUUACAAAUUGUAUUGAUGAAAAUGGAGAACGUUGAUAAGUACAUCACUGGCCAAAAAAAUGUAUUUUCCUGUCAGCAAAGAAGUAACUUAGAUGCUAAACUUGAUUCCUGUAAACAUACAGGUCCGUUGUCUACUGUAUAUUUGCGCAAAAUCGCCGAAAACGUUAGCUCAGAUAGAAAAAUACCUUCUGAGACCCAACUUUGUCCAGUUGGAUAUAAAUCUUCAAGUGCAAAAGUGAUCAAAAGCAAAAUUUCUGGUUCAAGAAAACUGCGUUCGAAAUGUCAUGCUGAAAAUUUCAGUAUUGUUACUCGUAAGAGAACCGUAAGUGAUGUUAAAAAGAUAGGAUUUUCUAGCAAAGAUGUUAGCCAAGAUAAAAAACUGAGUUCUGAAACAAAACUGUCUUCAGUCAGACUUAAAUCUGAUAGUGCAGAGUUGAUCAAAGACAGGAAGUCUUGUACCAAAAAACUGCCUACAAAAUGUCCCGCUGAAGAGCUUAGCAGAGUUACUCGUAAGAGAAGCAUAAAUGGUGUUGAAAAAAUCGAAUUUUCAGAUAGUUCAGAGUUGAAUUUACAAAAUGACAAGUAUUCUGAAAAAUUGGAAAGUUCAGAGACUGUUGAUAGUAUAAAAAUUUCAAAGGAUUGCAAUAGGAGGAAAGAUAACAAAACUACUAAAAAAUUGAAAAAUUCAAAUCUUUGUGAUAUGCUCAAGACAUCAAUUGAUUAUGAAGAAUUGAAAAACUCAAGUGUUGCCAAUUUAGUCAAUACAUCAAAAGUACCUGGUAAGAGAAAAAAUUCUAAAACUGCUUCCAAACUAAAGAUUUUAGAUAGUGCUCAAAAAUUUGAUGCAUCAAAUGUUGAAGAUUUUCAAAAAUCAGAACUAGAUGAAAAUUUAAAAAUGCCUAGCAAAGGAAUGAAUGUUGAAGAGUCUGAAAUUACUGACAAAAUCAAGACUUCAGAUAUUGUUAAUAAACUGCAAGAAGGUGAUGGGAAUAAAAUACAAAAUUUGAAUGUUUGGAACCUUGUAAAUGAAUUUGAAAACAAGGAAACCAAUGGGCAAGACAGUUCUAGUUUUAAUGAUUAUAAAGAAUUGAAUUUAAGUGAAAAAUCCAACAGCAGUGAUUCUGAAUGGGAAGAAGUUGAGGAAAAGGUUGAACAAAAUCUUGAAGAUUAUAAACCAGAUAUUCUUCAUGAAGGAGUUGAAAUAACUAUUGCUUAUAAGGAUAAGAAAAAAGAGAGAUUGAAACUAAAACGAGAGAGAGAAUUAGAAUGUGCUAGGCUUAAUGUAAAUAAAAUACGUCGAAAUAAUCAACUUCUUGUACAUAAGGUUCAUCUCUUAUGCCUUUUGGCUCGAGGGUUUCACCUAAACAAAAUCUUGAAUUCUCCAAUUGUGCAAGCUAUGACUCUCUCUUUAAUUCCAGGUGAAUUAAUUUCUAAAACUUCAGGCAAAAAGGUCGAAAAAAUAAAUGUUAGUGGAUUAAGAGAUAUUAUGUUAUGGUUUUGUAAGUCCUUUUCUUAUGUUUCCGAGUGUGCCUUUUUCACUAACAUAUUUUUUAAUCUUGUCAAAAGUUUUCAUAAUAAAACAGCUGUAAAUGUUUCAUAUUAUAAUCUUCUGUUUGUAGCUGUGGCCCGUGUGCUAGGGUUUAAAGCUAGAUUUUGUAUGAGUUUAUAUCCAGUAACUUUUAAAGCUCAAAAUUUACUUCAAAAAAAUAGAUAUGUAGAAAAUGCUUCUGUUAAGCCAGAGACUAGUUGUCAAGAAAAAUCAACUGUUGAUUUGGAAAAAGAAGAAAAAGUUGUAUCAAUCCAGCAAAAGAAAACUUCAAGUGGAAGUAAUAAAAAUAAGCAGCCUAAAAGUUUGAAAAAGAGCCCUAGAAUAAGAAAAUCUGUUAAAAAGAGUUACAAAAUUAGUGAUGAUGAAACAGAUGAUAGCUUUAAAGAUGAAGAUUUUAAAGCAAGUGACUUAUCUGAUGAAGAUUCAGAUUUUGAAGAUUAUGGUGGUGGUCAAAAAAGCCGAGAAAGUAAAGCUAAGCAUCCCAAAACCAUGGUCAUUAGCUCCAUAGGUAAGACUGAAUCAAAGUUAAAUGUAAAAAAGCAAAGAAAGAGCUUGACUGCUAAAAAUUCUGCAGUGUAUGAUGAUGAAAGUGAUGUUGAUGAUUUUGUACCAGUUAAACUAAAAAGAAAUACGAAGUGUAAUUCUAGCAGUAAAAGGAGACAAAAUAAGCAGAAAAAAACAUCUGAGCGCUAUGUUUAUUCAUACGAAUCUUUCUAUAAGUCUGAUAAGAUUAUAUGCUGGACAGAAAUUUUUUCCAAGACAGACAAAAGAUGGAUAUCAGUUGAUUGCGUGAAUAAAGUCAUAGGUAAUUCUUAUGAAUUUGAAGCUUUAGCACAUCAACCAGUGUCAUAUAUUAUAGCCUAUGACAACGAUUCCUAUGUAAAAGAUGUCACAAGUCGUUACUGCAGCGAUUUCAUGAUAUCUACUAGAAAGUUAAGAGUGGUGUCUGAAUGGUGGACAGAAACUAUUAAACCAUAUUUUCCUCCUCGUUCUAAAGUUAGCAUGGAGGAAGAUGAUGAAAUGGACAUGACAUUGAUUCAUAAACCUAUCCCUCAAACUUUAGCAGGGCUGAAAGAUCAUCCACUGUAUGCACUGAAGAGACAUUUGCUUAAAUUUGAAGCCCUAUAUCCUCCUGAUGCACCACCAGUGGGCUUUCUGAGAGGAGAACCAAUUUAUCCUCGAGAUUGUGUAGCCAAGUUACAGUCUCGAGAAAAAUGGUUUAAGAAUGGCAGAGUUGUCCGCCCUGGUGAAGAACCUUACAAGAUGUCAACUCACUUAACAUGGGAUAAGGUAAAUCGAGUGAUACUGAAAGAUGUUCCUCUUGAAUUAUUUGGAUUCUGGCAGACUGAACCUUAUCAACCACCUGUUGCUAAGGAUGGAAAAGUGCCUAGGAAUGAUUAUGGAAAUGUUGAGCUUUUUCGAGGAUAUAUGCUUCCAGUAGGAACUGUUCACAUACAAAUUCCAGGGAUAAAUCGUAUUGCCCAGAAAUUAGGUAUUGAUUGUUCUGCAGCUGUUGUUGGUUUUGAGCUCACCAAAGGGCAUAUUCGUCCUAAAUUUGAUGGAUUUGUUGUGUGUGAAGAAUUUAAGGAUACUCUUAUGCAUGCUUGGGAAGAAGAGCAAAAACUUGCUAAAAAGAAACAAAGAGAGAAAAAUGAAAAACGUAUCCAUGGAAAUUGGAAAAAGCUCAUAAAAGGUUUGCUUAUUCAAGAAAAGAUUAAAAAGAAAUACUUAAAUUAACAUGUUCAUCGCUCUGAAAUAAGUGUUUUAAAGUUUGACGAUUUCAGCUAAAAAUUAUCAAACACUUUAUAAUUAAAUGCAUAUAAAAUGUAUGAUCAAACUUUUUAUGUGUGAGAACCGGUGUUAAUAGUGAGAUUAGUUUUAGUCAAAUUGUAUUGUAGCUAUUUUUAAUACUAUGUUAUGUUUUUAGAGAAGCUAUUUUAAUAAUUUAGAAAUUUUAUAAUGUUACUGAUGUAUAUGAUUGAUAACCUUAAUUUGAUACUUAACAAAUUGUACAUUUGAGAUUUUAAAUAAAGUUUUAA